AAAACGUAAUCUAAUCAAUUUUAAAGCUUAAACUACACUAAAUCCCUAGGAGAUCUCCUAUUAACAGCCAAAUAUAAAUUAAUAGGAGCUAAAUUUAGUAUUUAAAAUACUGCACACCACCACCAUUUCCAGGCUAUACACACAAACCACGCAAUCAAUAAACCACGCAAUCAAUUAGCCCAGUCGUCAAUGUGGCGGGCUUUAACGCAAGCGGUCAGAGGAGUAACAGUGUCCAUCGAUUUCGGACCUAGAGGACUCACACCGACGCAGCUUUUGCGACAUUCCAAGCACAUAACCACCUCCACCUCCAGCCGAAGAAAUCAACCACUACCUAGAAAAAACGGCAUCAUGAGCGUCGAGAAGCCAAAGGUUGUGUUCGUUCUGGGUGGACCUGGUGCCGGGAAGGGCACGCAGUGCUCCAAGAUCGUGGACCGCUUCCAGUUCACCCAUUUGUCCGCUGGAGACCUGCUGCGAGAGGAGAGAUCGCGCGAGGGCUCCAAAUUCGGCAUUCUGAUCGAGGACCACAUCCGCAAUGGCAAAAUCGUACCCGUUGAGGUCACGUGUUCGCUGCUGGAGAACGCGAUGAGGGCGUCGGGCAAGUCGCGUUUCCUCAUCGACGGCUUCCCCAGGAAUCAGGACAAUCUGGACGGCUGGAACCGCCAGAUGUCCGAAAAGGUGGACAUGCAGUUUGUCUUGUUCUUCGACUGCGGCGAAGACGUGUGCGUCCAACGGUGCUUGGGCCGCGGACAGAGCGGUUCGGGUCGGUCCGAUGACAACAUGGAGAGCCUGAAGAAGCGAAUCCAGACGUACAACAACGAUUCGCUGCCCAUCAUUAAGUUCUUCGAAGCCGCCGGCCAGGUGAAGCGAAUCGAUGCCAGUCCAGAUGCAGAUAAUGUUUUUGGGGAGGUGGAGCGUGUGUUCCUGGCCAGUGGUUUCUAAUUUAGACCGUGUCAAUUACCUCCGGUUGCUUGGCUUACUUCCGGUUCUGUGUGUCGUGUUAUCUCUUAAAAUUUCAUUUAUAGCCCUCCAAAUAUACAUAUAUAUACGCUUGUUACUGUAGUAAAAGGGAAGAAAUACAUGUUUUUUAUCAAAUCUGUGUGUACAUACCGAAAAGUAUACACAAUUAC